AUCACGAGUUGGAAAUUCAGUCUCUUGUGUGCUUUAAUUCACCUUUCGAGCUGUCCCUGUAGUAGUGGUAUAUCAACCGCGAUGGAUAGAGGCUACAACUUUGAUUACAGCUUUGAAUGUCCUCUGGAGGUGGCUGUAAAUCAACUCUUUUCGUGUUCUUUAGCGGUUAAUCGAGGCCAACAACUCAUUGCUACCGUUCAGUUUGAAGGUCAAGCUCCACUGAACUUUAUAUUUAAAGAAAAUAUGAUUUUUCCUUUGGCUCUCCACUCUUUGCGUUCCUUCAAAAAUCAGUUUAUCCCCUGCAGUGGAGCCAUGUCCAUGACAUAUACUUUCAACAGUUUUCCUGAAGGAAAAAUAAUUCGCAUUGUUAUUGCAAACAACCACCAAGACGUUAGGUUCGAUGUUCAAAUCGACAUAGAGCUUCCCCGCGUCCAAUUCUUUUACGGUUCAUUUGACCAAGAGGGAAACUAUUCGGUCAGGGCGAUUUUAGACUCCUAUGUUGGUGAGAAAAUUGCGGCUACGAGGCUAACGGAGGUUAGAGUUGCUGUUAGUGCGCUCAAAUCCACCCCAAUUCCAACGUUAAAACAGGAACCCCCCAAAAUUACGGCCACUUCAGUGUUGGCAGUCGAAAGUGGUGGAUACGUUAGCGGCUGUGGUGAACAUUACAACGUCUUUGCCAAUGAUACAGCUCUUUACUUCAACUUUAAAGUAGAGGGUAAUGUAAUGAAAAUAAGGUAUCGUUUCACUCAAUACAGCGAUCCCAACCAGUUUUACCAAGAAGAGGUGCAAAAUGGGGCUUAUCAGUUUCAAGCCAAGUUAGCAAGAGGAUUAUACGUUCUUUCUGCUACCAUCUCUGGACCCGAUGGUGAAAGUACCGAAGCUCACAGAAUUUUUGAAAUCGAAGACCCAACAGACCAUGCAAUGAUUUGUAAAAGAUUUGAUCAAAACCAAAACGCGUCCUUUACAAUUUUUCCGUCAUUUUCAAAGCCCUCACUAAAAGCAGUGGGAUUUAGAAUUUUUAACGAAUCUGGACGAUUUCAUUUUGUAAAGUGGAUGAAGCAGGAUGUCUGUUUUUCUCCAGAAGUUAUACCACAUCCGGAAAUCCCUUCCAUUGUCACGGCGAAUGUUGAUUCAUUCAUCGUUAAGGUGAUCUGUUUAGAAGAUGGGAAGAGCUUUGAAAUUUUAGCAGCAGGUAAAAGAGUUUGUCUUCCAAAAGCAGAAUUGAACACUAAUUAUUUGUAUACUUUGAUUAUAUACGGAAGCAAUAAGAGAUAUAUUCACCGUGAUAGACACAACAUCCUAGUUGCCAAUGAGUCAGCUAUGAAUGUGGUCAUCAAUUCGGUAAUUUCUUCACCUGAAGAAACCGUUCUAACUGGUACCUGCAAUCAGGUUAUCUGCUCACGAAACAGAAUUUCUCAAUGGGAACUCACCAUGUCAUAUCCCAAAUUCACUUUCUGGAAGUUGAGUGACGAGGAAAUGCAAAACUACACUGACGGUCGAACAAGAAGUACUUUGAUUAUCUCGCCACAACUGCUACUUCAACUACCAAGGGGAACGUAUUUACUAGCCUGUCUGAUAAUUCAAGAGACGGUUUCAAUAAAAAUCAAAGUGUGUGAACAGUACACAGUUAGCAUGGCUAAAAAAUGCGAUUCGUGUUACUUAAAUGCUUCAAAUAUGAUUGAUGAUUUUCAAAAGGUGUGUGUCAACUGUAGCUGUACUUCCUCUCAGGGUGAUACCUUUGAGUUUUAUACAAUGACGAAUUCGGGAACGCAAUCAAUAGCAUUUGGAGAUAGACCAUUGUUCUGCAGUUAUCUUCCUGCCUCGGAUGAUGCUGUUACGCCUUGCAUUCGAAGUCUGCCAGGAUCGAUGGUCAAUAUCCGCAAGUGCUUUCAUCAAAUUAAACUAACAGACAAGCUAGUUGAGGCCAUAGAAGGCAUCUCGCUUGCACAGAAUGAAUCUCUCUUACCACUUACCUCAGCCUUGGAAGCACUUGCAAAUACCUCUAAGGAUAUGUCAUAUUACACGGUGAAUCGACUGGGUGCGAAGUUGAAAAAUUUGACUCCAGUUUUGAAGCAGAUAUUAUCCCUUUCGUCGCGUGAUGAUAUAUUCCUAAUUAGUCAAAGACUGAUGCAAUUCCAAUUACUUCUCACGCAGGGAAUGAGUCUGCAGUAUAAAGAUCCUCUUCCGAGCCUUAAGGACCGCGAGUUGAAGACACUUGACUACGACACGGAUAUAGACAGUGAUCAAAUAGCAACUGGAGGCACUCUAAUAUCCAAGAGUAUUAAAGAUGAUCAACGAGAAUCUGCAAAGUCAAUGGCUGCAACUUUUGAAUACUUGAAUCAAGCCUUAGCUACGGUACUGCAUGAAGUUCUUAUUUCAGGAGGUUCCGCACUGGAAAUUGCCUCUAAUACUGCAGGAACAGUCUCUUUCUGUCGUGUGGAUAGUAGUGAUAUCGAAGAUAAACAAAAUUCCUGUGGCUUUUUGACAUCAUUCUUCUUCAAGUUACCCUCAAAUGGUAAUCAGUCAGACUUUUUAAUUAGGACGAGUAAUACAAGCAGUGACGUCUACAAUUUCUUUGGUGAUGCUCAUGAAGGUCCACAAUCAGAUCUUCUUUCCUUCUCAGUGUAUUCUAAAUUAAAUGACCAGAAAGGUAACUUGUCAAUAAUAUUACAACACCUUUCCAAGAGAGUCAGUGAAAGUAACGGUUACGUCAAUGAUGCGGAACAACUCUACUUGGCAGAUCCACUAGUAGCUAUCGAUGGUUCACUGAUACAUCAAUCGUUAAUAAUGCACUCUUAUGAGGUGGAUGAUACCGAAAAUACCGGUUUUGUGUUUCAACUAGAACCAAAUGAGAUUUCUUCUUGUCCGCAAUACUUGGUCAUAGCAAGAUUCGUCAUUCCACCCAAUUUGCGCCAGCUGGAUCACUUUGGUCAGUUCUUCUGGACUAUGCUUCCUACUUCGAUCUCAAAAUGCAAUUCUAGCAAGAGUGAAGAAGAGGCGCUCCUGGAUUACGCUUUAUAUAUGCAAUCUAUUCAAUUAACGAAACUGAAAUCAGAUGCCUUCAGACGGACUAAGCAUAUGCGACUCAAGGCAUCAGAGGUCAAUCGACUUUAUAUUGGAUACAGGGAGUUAACUGUUGAGGAGCAUGACCUCUAUAAUGAAAUGAAUCCACCUCCGAUUCCUUAUCACCUCACCAAUCAGAUUAACACUACGGCACAUGUUUCUGUCGGUAAUUAA